AUGGAAGUGUUCGAAGAUUUGUUGCCAGUUAUGGCUAAAAAGUUAGGAACAGAAGGAUUGAUCACAGAGCUGUGUAAUGGUUUUCGGCUACUGAUGGAUGGUGAAAAAGGAUUGAUUACAUGUGAGAGCCUCAAGAGGAACUCUCUUCUUCUUGGUUUGCAGAAUCUUCGAGACGAGGAGUUGGAGAGCAUGGUAAGAGAAGGAGACUUGGAUGGAGAUGGGGCUCUAAGUGAAUUCGAAUUCUGUGUUUUAAUGUUUUCGUUGAGUCCUGAAUUGAUGGAUAUUGGAGCUCAGAGACUGUUUGAUGAAGCUCUUGUACAUGAUUUUAAGCAGCAGCAACUCCUUGAUUCAUUAGUUUAUUACCCUAUUAACAUCGACAAUGACUAUAGUAUCCAAAGAACAACUUAA